AUGGCAGAUUUUGAAGAUAUCACCGGCUGGCGGGAGGAGCUGGAGGCGUUUAGGGAAACCGAAGAGGGACGGACGUUUUUUAGCGAUGGCAGAAAGAACUAUUCCAAGCUGACUUUUGAGCAGGAGGUGCGUUAUGCGGAGGAACUCUUCCGGCAUGAAGAGAUCCAUGAAGCUCUGAAAAAAUCAGCCAAAUUCGUCAAAUUUCUGGAUGACAAUCCCGACUUCGGUCAGGACGACGAGGGCUUUUGGGAAUUGUGUCCGGUCGAAGAGAACAAGAAGGUUUCCGCUUUCAGGCGCUGGUAUGCAAUGAAACUGAACAUUGCCCUGGGCCCGUCGACAUUUAGCGCAGGCGAUAGGUUGGCCAUCGACGUGGUGAAUGGGGAUCUCGCCUCGCUGCGCUCUCCGGAAGCAGAAAAGUUCGUCAAGGAGGAUUUCUCCUGGAUUGUCGCCUUUCCGCAGGAGGUGCAAUGA